AUGACAAACGACAGACUUACACGAACGAUUCUCUCCACAGGUGAGUAUCGGCUACAAUCGGACAAAUCACAAUCAACAGACUUACACGAACGAUUAUCUCCAAAGGUAAGUACCGACUUCAAAGAAACAAAUGACAAACGACAGACUAACACGAACGAUUCCCUCCAAAGAUGCAUCGUGGUCCCAAACGCUGUAGAAAUUAAACUGCACGGAUUUUCAGAUGCGAGCGAAAAGGCCUACGGAGCCUGUCUUUAUCUUAGAUCUCUUGACAAAGAUGGAAAAUUUCAUUGCGCUCUUAUAACAGCAAAAUCUCGCGUUGCCCCGUUAAAAUUAACCACGUUGCCGCGGCUCGAAUUGUGCGCUGCAGUUUUAUUAGCACAAAUUUAUACAGCCACAAUUAAAGCUCUGCAAUUGCAGAAUUUGAAAACAUAUCUUUGGUCUGAUUCAACAAUUGUUCUUGGUCCAGAAUGGCUGGUUAAACAUGAAAACACGUGGCCACAGUUAACACAUAAAAAAUGCGAACUUCCCGAAACACGUGAACAAAUUUCACUCAUUACACUAAAACUGACACUGUCUGAUAAAAAUAUUUUAGACAAAUUCGAACGGUUUUCUGAUCUUCAACAUGUAAUUGGCUAUUGUUUGAGAUUCAUUAACAAUCUUAAAUCUACCAAUGCCAAGACUCGAAAGUUUGGCUCACUCUCUCGAGAUGAAAUUAGAGUUGCCACACAAAUUAUAAUUAAGUUAACACAAGCCGAGACAUUUCCGCACGAAGUCAAGGCUCUGACAGAAAAUAAAGAUGUGAAUCCAAAGAGUUCUCUGUAUCGAUUAAAUCCGUUCUUAGAUGAGGGAAUUCUCAAAGUAGGAGGUAGGCUUGCACUUUCAAAUUUGUCAAAUGCACAAAAACAUCCUACUGUACUUCCGAAAUCACAUAACGUCACAACAAUGAUCAUUCGAAGUGAACACAAAAGGUUAUUUCACGCCGGUCCUCAAGCGACUCUCAAGGAGGUUAGACAACAGUAUUGGCCCAUUGACGGUCGUAAUAAAACUCGACAUAUUAUUCGAAAAUGUGUAACUUGUUUUAAGGCAAAGCCUCGUGAAACGAACUAUUUAAUGGAAAAUCUGCCUGAAAAUCGAGUUUCUUUUACUAAACCAUUUGAAAAUGUAGGCGUGGAUUAUUGUGGACCGUUCUUCGUUAAAGAACAUCGUUAUCGAAAUCGAACAAAGGUAAAGACUUAUGUUUCAAUAUUUGUAUGCUUAGCUACUAAAGCCGUCCAUCUGGAACUAGCGAGCGAUUUAACGUCAGACGCGUUUAUAGCUUGUAUGUCUCGUUUCUUUGCUCGUCGAGGUUUAGCUUCUUCUAUGAUGUCAGAUAAUGCAAAAAAUUUCAUAGGGACAAACAACGAAAUGCGUGAAUUGUAUAAACAAGUAAAAACUUUCGAGACGAGUAAAGAAAUUCAGGAUUUUUUAUUAACAAAAAAGGUUACUUGGCAUUUUAUUCCACCUAGAACUCCUCACUUCGGAGGUCUUUGGGAGGCAGCUGUGAAAUCAUUUAAAUUUCACUUCACAAGAAUAGCAGGUAAUUCAUUAUUGACUUAUGAACAAUUACAUACUUAUGUAACAGAAAUCGAGGCGAUCCUCAAUUCACGUCCUCUUACUCCUCUUUCCAAUGAUCCAAAUGAUUUAUUGCCGUUGACUCCCGGUCAUUUCCUAGUUGGUAAAUCCAUGACGAGCUUCCCUACAGGAGAUCUCCGGAACAUACCUGCCAAUCGAUUGAAUUGUUGGCAACAUGCACAACAAAUGCGAAGACACUUCUGGGAUCGGUGGCAUAAAGAGUACAUCAACGAGCUGACAUCGAGAAGCAAGUGGCAAUCACAAGUCGAUCAAAGUAAAAUUAAGAUCGGUACACUAGUGAUUGUAAAGGAAGACAAUCUACCCCCCAUGAUGUGGAAAUUAGGUCGCAUUAUUGCUACCCAUCCGGGACAAGAUGGAAUCGUGCGAGCGAUAACCCUGCGAAGUGCAACUGGCACUUACAAACGAUCUCUAAAACACGUUUGUCCUUUACCAAUCGACGAUUAA